AUGUUGGAGAAAAAGUUUGCUAAUGAAGAUUUAGGAAUAGAAAUGAAUUCUUAUAUUGAUAAUAAGCAAAAUGUUUGGUUCCGAGGAAAGGAUGUUGCUCAGAUACUUGGAUAUAGAGAUACUGACGAUGCUGUCAGAAGGCAUGUAUCUACAGAAAACAAAAUGAUCCAUCUUGUACACCCCAAUUGUUGCCCCGGUAAAACGCCGGGUCAACAAAAUGACACUAGAGGGAAAUAUUAUAUAUUUAUCAAUGAGCCCGGCUUUUAUGAACUUGUAUUUAGUUCUAAAUUAGAGUUUGCUAAAAAGUUCCGCCAGUGGGUAUUUAGUACAGUUCUUCCAUCUAUUCGUAAAUAUGGUCAAUACAAACUGUUUGAUAGCCCCUGGAAUAAGAUGAUAAUGAUUGGUAAUGAAACCGACCUUCAUUAUAAAGUUGUGGACCUCAUAAGGAGAUAUUAUCCAGAUUCUAUAUUAGUAGCCGGACUGGGAGAGAAUCAAGAUACAGAGGAUAAGAGACUAGAUUCAUAUAAAAAGGGAUAUACAAAAGGCCAACCAGAUUUAAUGAUACUUGAUUAUCACAAAGAUUAUAAAGGUCUCUGUAUUGAAUUUAAAUCACCAACUAAUAAUUAUAAUAUAUCAGAAGCUCAACUGAAGAUGAAAGAGAAGUAUCGUAAUAAUGAUUAUGCAUUUAUGCUUAGUAAUGAUUAUGAUAAGAUAAGCAAAAAUAUUCAUAAAUAUAUGGCUGGUGUUCGUAUUCCUUGUAAAUAUUGCACAAGAGCAUUUCGUAAUAAAGAAAAACUAAAAAUACAUUAUAAAGUUAUUCAUAGAAUUGAGAAAAAACAUCUAAUUUCUAUAUUACAUAUAUAGAAAUUAAAGCGUGCCGCCAAAACGGUGGGGCCUCGUUUACAUAAACGUUCUUUUAUAUUUCUUAACAAAUCUAUCUGCUAUAGGAGUCUGAUCAAUUAUCAUUUCAUCUAUGCGAUCAAUAAACUCUUGUUUGUUAAACUCAUCACCCCUUAGAGCUGAACGCAGUUCAACCAAUACUUUUUCAUACGUAGUAAAUGCAAUCCUACUCAUGUCAAUUUUUCCCUUGAGAUUUUUUUUCUUUCCAACACCAGCAACUAUAAUCCCAGCACCAUUAAUAAUUCCAAUAAUAACAGGGUUUAGGGUUAUUCCACCAACAAUUGUUCCUAUAGCUACAAGACUUAUUCCAGAGAUUGUAAAAACAUCAUCAAGAAAUUUAUAACUAUUAUAAGACCUCUUGAAACACCAGUAUUUUUUGUGAUAGUGACUAUAAAAGUCUUUGAGAGUUUUAAUAUCAGAUUCUGACAGAGAGUUGUCUAUGUGAUUAAAUUCAAAUAUAUCCUUCAUUUAUUCUUUUGUUUACAUUAGUGCGGCGUAGCCAAGGGAGGGGGUCAUAGGGGAAACCGUUGGUUCCCCUAUACUAUAUAAGAUCCACUUAACUUUUCUUGAAGCACUACUUUGUGAAAUUGCUCAGAGUCAAAGUCGUAAAAGUUUGGAGAAAGCAUUAAUUUAUUUAACACUCCAUCUUCAGUCGUAAACUUCCAACGUUGAUUAAUGUUGUAUUGAACGGCUGGUAUAGUUAAUGUUGAGCUGUAGUUACUUAUUUUAACUUUUGCGACAUUAGUAUCAAAAUUUUCUGUUAGCCAUAAAACAAUUUUUUUUCCAUCAAAACUACUUGGCAUGGUAAAAUUUUGAGAUGUAUUAUUGACAUGUAAGUUUAGUGAAUCGUUUGAUUUAACAUAAUACAAAACUAAUAAAGUAUUAUUGUUUGUUGAUAAAUAUUUACUUAGGGUAAAAUUUAUAUUUCUCCAAUGUUUAAAAACAAUACAUAAAGUAGUUUUUGAAGAAUGAGAAGGAGAAAAAGUAAUAUUAUAACCAUUUACAUUUAAGCCAUCUUCUCUUACAUUACCUAGGUCUUUAUUGGGUAGUGUAAUAUUAGAUUUUAAAGAAUUAAUAAUGACCCCAGAUGAGCCUAUAUUUAUUCCGUAAAUAUUUGCAUCAGAAAAGUCAUAGUAUUCUUCAAAAUAUUUUCUGUACAAAGCAUUUGUGGUGUAAGGAAUUAACUCCUUUACCAUUGCAACUGUUGCAGCACUAUUGUUACUGUUCCUAUCGAGAGCAAUGUUUAAUGUUUUUUUAUUAUUUGUGUUGAUGUCAACAUUGUACACCACUUGUGUUGGGUGGAUGUCAAAUGCUGUGUCAUAGUCGUAGGUUUUAUCUGGGUCGAUAUUACUCGUUGUUCCCACAAUUCCAUAAGAUAUCAUAUAAACUCCUGAAAACUGUCUCGGAUAAAUAGCCAGAUCAGUUCCUGCUUGUGGUAUAUUAACCAGAAUAUGAAGAAAGAAUUUAUUACCAGAGUUUAGUUUUUUGAAAUUAACUAUUAUUCUAUGAUAGUACAUAAACUCUACUUUAUUUGAUGAGGUUGUGUAUCUGUGUGAGAGUUUCCUCACACCAACAUUUCAGGCGCGGAUCUAGGGGGAGGGAGCAGGGGGUGCGCCCCACCCCCCCCCCCUUCCCCUGAGAUGACCUGCGGUUUUCUAAUACAACUGGUAUUCUUCUUCCAUCUCUUACGUAAAAACAGACACCGUCAUGGUUAUUUACUAUCUAAGUGUCCCUCCGUAUUAUAGUGAAGCCAGAGAUGCUGACUACAUUAUCACUUUCUCUUUAGAGAUGGACCGGCGCGCAACGUGGGAGGGGGGGAUAGGGGUUGGGGGGUGGGAUCGUUCUCGCGUUCCGCGUUUCAACCAGUUGCAAAAAUGUUGAGACACUCCCACGAAAAGAAGACCUUUCUUGCUUCAAAUCGCUCCUGGUCACAGGUCUGUGAGAUAUAACACUGACCUCCAUCCUUACUCCCAUUCAAAGUUGUUGCUCCAAGUUUUGAGUAUGGUCUUGUAUUGCUAGCAACUUUGAUAAGGGGAGGAGGGGGGAUCCAAGCACAAGAUCAUGGACAGGCCAUUUAUGCCAAAAUACGAUACAGUGUCUCAAGUACUUUUGCAACUGGUUGUUGCUCACGAGCCCUCGCCAAAUAAGACGAAAAAACUUCUGUGGAAAGAUUAUAAGAGUUUUUCCAUAUUAACGACCUUGGCUGUGUUAGUGUGGGUAGCGCCAUUGUUCGGAGCUGCAUGUCUUUUAGUGGUGCCAUAACUGGUCUACCGUAAUCUCUUAACCCACCCCUCCUGGCUUAUGAUCAUUGCCUCCAUAUGAUGUUCUUCUACUUAUAAACUACCUGCAUUCACAUCGUCCCAGAGAAUGCACCAGUUGUUUUGUUUGUUUGUUUGUUUGUUUUAACGUAGCAGACCACGUGAGGAUUUUAACGGUAAUUUUGCAUUGUGUUUCAUUUGUUUUCAUUGAAGGUAUGACCCGUCAGAAACGCCAUUCAGUGUCUUCAAAAUCAUCAUGCACAAAUAGUCAGAGAGCACGUUUAGAGUAUUGCCUGGAUAUGCAAAGAAAUAUAGAGUCAUACAGUUGCGACUGGUCCACCAGUAAUUGCUACUACAUCCUUUCUUGCACUAGGGACUCUGGCAGUGGGCAUAGGUGCAGCUAUUCCGGUCACGUGACCAGGAGCUAUUGCUGUUACUAUAGAUGUGCUUAAAUAAGUUGUAAGGAAAAUAAAGCUUGCCAAUAACCUGUUCUUAGAACCCGGAAGAGGCCGAGUUUCCGAAAUUAAGAAUAAUUUCGGAAUUUUUUUGAUAUGCUUAGAGAUUGCUUAGCUCUUAGAGAAUUCUCAUUAUAUUGCAUUUUUGUCUUUACACGUCUAAUAUAAUAUAUUGCCUUUUUGAUUAUUCAGUCAUGGCGGGGAUGAGUUUGUAUAAAUAAGACAAGCUUUAAUAAAGUUAUCUGGAUAAAACUGUGUUUUAUACGUGGGAAAGUAAAAAUUCACUUAUGCUACAAUUGAUUUGAUCAUUUCUAUAUUAUGAAUAUAUAGAAAUAUUUACUCCUCAUACCAGCGUCCACAAAACGUGGACGGUGGUAUGUGAACUUUUGUUGCAGCCAUGAAACGGGGUAACAACAAAAUACGCCAAAUUAUCUGGUACCCCGUUUCGGGGAGUUAGGUUUAAAACCCAAAAAAGCUGUCCCGUCGAAACGACGGGUUAAUGUAUUAGAAAAACUAACUUAAAGAGAUAAAAGUAUAAUAUAAGCAGCAAAUAUGUUGGAGAAAAAGUUUGCUAAUGAAGAUUUAGGAAUAGAAAUGAAUUCUUAUAUUGAUAAUAAGCAAAAUGUUUGGUUCCGAGGAAAGGAUGUUGCUCAGAUACUUGGAUAUAGAGAUACUGACGAUGCUGUCAGAAGGCAUGUAUCUACAGAAAACAAAAUGAUCCAUCUUGUACACCCCAAUUGUUGCCCCGGUAAAACGCCGGGUCAACAAAAUGACACUAGAGGGAAAUAUUAUAUAUUUAUCAAUGAGCCCGGCUUUUAUGAACUUGUAUUUAGUUCUAAAUUAGAGUUUGCUAAAAAGUUCCGCCAGUGGGUAUUUAGUACAGUUCUUCCAUCUAUUCGUAAAUAUGGUCAAUACAAACUGUUUGAUAGCCCCUGGAAUAAGAUGAUAAUGAUUGGUAAUGAAACCGACCUUCAUUAUAAAGUUGUGGACCUCAUAAGGAGAUAUUAUCCAGAUUCUAUAUUAGUAGCCGGACUGGGAGAGAAUCAAGAUACAGAGGAUAAGAGACUAGAUUCAUAUAAAAAGGGAUAUACAAAAGGCCAACCAGAUUUAAUGAUACUUGAUUAUCACAAAGAUUAUAAAGGUCUCUGUAUUGAAUUUAAAUCACCAACUAAUAAUUAUAAUAUAUCAGAAGCUCAACUGAAGAUGAAAGAGAAGUAUCGUAAUAAUGAUUAUGCAUUUAUGCUUAGUAAUGAUUAUGAUAAGAUAAGCAAAAAUAUUCAUAAAUAUAUGGCUGGUGUUCGUAUUCCUUGUAAAUAUUGCACAAGAGCAUUUCGUAAUAAAGAAAAACUAAAAAUACAUUAUAAAGUUAUUCAUAGAAUUGAGAAAAAACAUCUAAUUUCUAUAUUACAUAUAUAG